AUGCCAAAAAAAAAGAACAAACUCCCCACGACCACCGUUACACAAGAAGUCACUCUCGAAAACUUGUGUCUUGCCCACUACACCAUUGGCUCACAGGCACGACCACCUUAUGAAAUUUCCAGCUAUGGCGAUUGGGAUUUAACCAUUUACAGAGCCAAAUUAAAUGAUCCGAAAUUGCAAAUUCACACCCUUCAAGAUUUUGUGAUGAAAUUUUGUCAAGAUCAACUGAGUGAUGAUUUUUCCCCAAUUGAAUCCAAUGAAAAUGGAGAGAAUUUGUCGUUGAUGGAUCGUUUGAAUAUUUACUUUGUGGAGAAUGAUAAAGCUGUGGAGCCUCCUUUCAAGACCUUUGGAGGAUUGCCUGAACAGUUCACAGAAUGUGUGACCAUUCGAAGUGAUGGAAAUUCUAAAUGUAUCGUCGGAAAGGCACUUGGACAUGUGUAUUACUUUAGUUAUGGAACUUCAUAG